AUGAAUAAUAAGAAUAAUAACUAAUAUAAUCACAAAUCUAAAGCAAAAGAUGAAUAAAAAAUAUAAAAUAAUUCUGCAUAAAAUUUUAAGCGGGGAAUUACCAAUAAUUAAUAGUAAAAAGGAAAGGAUACUGACAAAAAUUAUAGGAAUUAAAGCAAAAAUAGUAGUGAUAAACAUUCUAAUAGAUUCAAUUAAAAUGAUCGACUUAAUCGAAAGAGAAAUUAUAAAGAAAGAGAUGAAGACUAUUACGAUGAUGAGAAAAUUGAAGAGAGAAUGAAAAGUUCUUUAAAUUAAUUCUUUUAUUACGACUAAGAAAAGCAAAAAUACUUUAGAAAAAAAGAUGAACACAAAAAUCCUAUUUGGGAAGGUUCUGAAGUAGGAAGAAUAGAUUAAAUAGAAGAAGUAGAAAUAGAUUCUGAAGAAUUGCCUUUUAUUAUUUAUGAUAUGAAAGAAGUAGAGAAAAAUUAGAUUUAUAUAAACCCAAGAGAUAUUAUUUAUAAAUAUAAAAAGAAAUUCAGAUUACCUAAUGAGUUUUUAUAUUUCUAUGAGCUAAAAGAUAUAAUAAAUUCUUUUAAAGCAGAAUAUGUUGAAAAAUAUUUUUCUAAUUAAAUGAAUAGAAAUUACUAAAGUGGUUUACUUUGA